GCAUCAGAUCCCAUCCCAGCCAAGAAGUCUAAACAUGAAGACUUCCCAUCGCUGCCCCUGUCCGCUGAGAAAGAGAAGCAACCCGAUUGGUUAAGAUCCCUCUCGGCUUCAGACAAUACGGGGCUCAACUGCAUCCAGCCCAGACAGAGACCGUCAGCUUUCAGGCCCUGGUCCCCUAACCUCUCGGCUGGGGACAAAGAGACGCCCAACCGCCCUCUGGCUACACUGAGAGACAGCUUCUACAACUUCAAGACGAUGGAGAGUGCCGUGGCCCCAAACGUUGCCCUCACGCCCCUCCCCCUGGCAAAGGCGGGGCCACUGUCCCCGUCCGUGCCCAGCACCUUCCACCCCAACGCCAGGGAGGCCCCAGGAGAAGGGGCCAUCCCCAGGCCCCGAAAGAGGAUGGCCACCGUGGAGCUCCCGCACCCAGGCCCCGAGCCACUCUGCCCCCCAUCAGCAGCAGCCAGCAAGCCCCCACUCCAGGAGGACUCAGAAGUUGAGAUUGAGGUGGAGAGCCGAGAGGAAUUCACUUCGUCCCUUUCCUCCCUCUCCUCCCCAUCCUUCACCUCCUCCAGCUCGGCUAAGGACCUGAGCUCGCCUGGCGCACAGGGCCCAGUGUGUACAUUGACGUCGGCUGUAUUGACCCCAGAGGGUGGCCCUCUCACUGGGGUAGCAGCAGCAGCAGUGGCAGUGGUGUUGGCCCCUGAUGUCCCCGGGGCCGGGGGUCUUGAGUCGGAGCUGGAGACCCUGAGGCACACACUGGACAGCGGGCUGGACUCCAAGGAGUCUAAGGAGAAGUUCCUGCAUGAGAUCGUCAAGAUGAGGGUGAAGCAGGAGGAAAAGCUUGGUUCAGCCCUGCAGGCCAAACGCAGCCUCCAACAGGAGUUGGAGUUCCUGCGGGUGGCUAAGAAAGAGAAGCUCAGGGAGGCCACGGAGGCCAAGCGGAACCUGAGGAAGGAGAUUGAGCGCCUGCGCGCCGAGAGCGAGAAGAAGAUGAAGGAGGCUAAUGAGUCGCGCAUGCGUCUGAAGAGGGAGCUGGAGCAGGCCCGGCAGCUCCGAGUGUGUGACAAGGGUUGCGAGGCGGGCCGCCUGCGCGCCAAGUACUCGGCACAGAUCGAGGACUUGCAAAUGAAGCUCCAGCAUGCCGAGGCAGACCGCGAGCAGCUCCGGGCAGACCUAUUGCUGGAACGGGAGGCCAGGGAGCACCUGGAGAGAGUGGUUAAGGAGCUGCAGCAGCAGCAGCUGUGGCCCAAGGAGCAGAACAAGCCAACCAAGGAUACCCCCGCCAACAACUAGCCCCUUCCACCAUCAACCCCCUUCCAAUCCCCCACCAUCAGCACCCCAAAACAAAACUACACCCUCCCCACCCAACCCAACCAGAGAGACUGAGAUAACAGAGACAAAAUAGAGAAAUGCAGAUAUAUCGAACCUCUAUAUGUGCACGUAUACAUCCUCACAAAAAAAUGUAUGAGUGCUUGGGUGCAUCCUUGACGCAAGAAACAAAGCAAGUCAAACUCUGUAUGUGUUACUAGGACAAGCACUGAAACGCACCUCUCCUCCAAAAACUGAAAAUUGAAUCUGAAGAAGAAGAAAAAAAUAUAGCACAAAAUAUGGUUGUGCCUGUAUUUUCUCUGAGACAAAAACUGGUGAACAUUUUGGAUACAGACUUUUCUAUGAUGAAAAAAAAAUAUGAUAAUAAUACAAGAUAUUAGACUGGCCUGUUUAGAAACAAAAUGGAGGGCUUUCAAAACGGCAGACGAGCCGAGCAGGAGGACUGGACUCUGCCCACGUGCCCCAGCAGGACUUCUACUCCGUUUCCCGUGAAGAAGUUAAAUAAUUUUAUGACGUUAUAAGCUAUUUAAGAGACUGCAUAGUGAUAUAAAAAAAAUAUUUUAAAAAAAUCUUUGAUUCUGUGUUCUAUCGGAGCUUAAAAAAAGAUUUACAAAAUAUAUUAACAGACAACAACAAGCAAGACAAACUACCACCAGUACCACCAUGGUUCGUCGGUGGUGAUCCAAGUGAGCAGGCCAUUGUGAUCCACUGAGGAAAAGUUUCAUCUUUUUCUUUUUUUGUACUAUUCCAGAAAUACAUAACGUUUACUAUGGGAGAGGUGAGGAGGAUUGCAUUGGACUAGAUAUUUUAUCUCUGUGGAACUUGUAAAGAACUUAUAAAGAUAAACUUUGUGAUCAAUUUGUAUCUGGGUGCAAUCUGAAGCCCAGACCUUUGCCAGUUUCCCCCGGGACUGUUGGUUAAAACUAGCUUGCCUGUGUUUCCUCCUUUUCAUUUGAUUACCAAGAGUUGACAUGACUUGCUCAAAUUAAGAUAAAAAAUAAAACAUUUGAAUAUUAUGAUUUUAGGGCUGGAAGUGGCGCCUUUAGCCAGAACCACAAAAUGUUAUUUUUAAUUAAAUUAUGGUAUGUAAAUAUAGAUAUGUUUUUUUUACGUUACAAUUAUAAAUCGCACUUUGUCAUAACAAAAUACUGUUAUAAUGCAUUAUACUCCCACUAUUGUCUUCAAUCUUACAUUGGAGAGGACAUAUCCAUGACAAGAACAAUAUAAAUCCAAGUGAGCAUUUUGUUAAUUAUAUGCAACUCAUUUAAAUGCAAUGUAUUCAUGUGUUUAAGACAAAAUAUUGUAAAUAAAAUGAGAGAGAAAAAAGGGGUGUACAGGCUUGCUUGCUGAUACUGUUUGGGCGGUUGAAAAAAAAUGUAAUUUCAAUCAUUUUUUGGCACUAAUUGUACCAUUUUGGUUGUUUAAUCAAUUGACACUCCUCAAAAUAGAAAGAUAGUGGGCCGUAGGAUUGCAAAACACAGAAUGUCUUCGAGUGCCCAACUCUCCUACAUUUGGGGUAUUUAUUAAUACGCCAAUGAUUCAUCGAAGUUCCAAGGUGUAAAACAGUGCUGUUUGACCAGUCAUGGAAAAGCAGUGAUUGUUAGAGUCCGAAGACACAUUGCUCACAUAUUUACCUGGGAGAAAUUCAUGAUUAAUUCAAAAAUACAUUUAAAAAUGCUCCAAAUACACAGUGGGUACAAUGCAAUCCGAAUGUACGUUGUGUUUAUGCCAUUUUCCUUUUCUUGUUGAUGUUCUUGUUGUUGUUUUUAAUGUGGGAUAUUUUUAUUGCUUGUCUGUUUUUCCAAUCGAAAACUCAUAUUUUCUUUCAUAUGCAUGACAUUUGAGAAGGUUUGCCAUACAUAUAGUCAUUAUUGGGCAUUGAUACUGUACAUGUAAGGGUUUUAUUGUGUUAUGCAAUAUACAGCAAACAUGUAUUUUUUAAAGAAAAACCCCCACAUUUUUAAAGGAAACUAAACUUUGUUUAUUACAUAGAUCAGAAGAGGAACUACUUCACAAGUGCACCCCAAAACACAACCCGAAGUUCAAAUGCAAUGCUGGACAACCUCAAGUGCCUGAAAGUGGGCAGAUGGUUUCCAGAUCAGGAACACUGACGAUGAAGUAAUUGUAGCUGGCCCAUAGGGACAUGCUCAGAGUCAACUCCACCAUGGGAUGUCAUUCCCGUCACAGUGCAGAUGUCAAGCCCGUCACACAGUGCAGACACUGUCAAUGGAGGGGAUACUUUCUUUUUGCACUCUCGAGGGGGGUAUCUAGAACAUUCUCCCUCCUCUCAGCACUAUCCCUCUCGACAGGCCUGACUUGACUACCUUGCUCAAGUUACAAGUUGAAGCUAUUGCAGUUUACGAUAGUAAUUACAUUUACUCUACAUUAUCAACAAAUACAAUUUAAUUACUUUUAACUGCUAGAAAAACAAUAAUAUCUGUAAUUCAUUCAGAAAUGCUCUUUCAGAGAUAUGCAUGUCAAAAACAAUUAUAGGUAUCAACAGAAAACGUAUGUACCAUAGCUAUGCGGUAUUAUAAGGUUAAUCUUGGUUGUAGAUAAAGAUGUUAUACCAUUUUUACAUGAUCUGGUCUGUCCAUCCAAAGGUGGACAUCUCUGACUAGUGAAGAGGGCAUUAUGUUGAAGCCCCAUGUCUUAACCAACAUUAGAAAAGGGCAAUGUUAUUGAGAGACUGACACUGAGUUUGUGACUUUGACAGACCUUAAAUUGGCACAUUUUAUAGUUGUUUUUACACUCAAACAAAUUGAUAUUUGUAGUUUCCUUUUCAUGGUUUUCUACAAAAAGGGAGAAAAUGACGACAUUGGCUCUUCGCUCCCAAGUAAAAGAAAAAAAUUGUUAAAUUAUUUAUCAUUUUCUAAACAGGAACCAUUUUCCUAAAUGGAUGACAAUAAAGCAGCAAUAACAGUACAUAUUCAUAGACAAAACUAGCCAGUGUGAAGAUUAAAAAAGAAGAAUUUACAAAUGUAAAUAAUUUUUCAUUUACAAUAUUGUAUUAUAUAUGUACAAGGUUAAUCCUUAUUCAAAAAGAAAUCUUUUCUGACACAAUAGCUGUCUUGUUUUUUUUGAGUUUGUGUUUUAACCGAGAACAUGUUUAAAAAAUCAUUAUUGCAGUGCGUUAGAGAAUAUACCCUACAUAAAUAUGUUUUGAUCCCAUUGUUUGGAUUUUUUUUUUUUUACUGUAGAGUCUUUAUAUUGAAUGACUUUUUUCACCAGUUCAUAUAUAUUUUUAACAAUAUAUUCAAUAUCAAAUAGUUUACCCAUGGUAAAAAUGAGUCACACAAGAACUACCGCCACCUCGUAGAUUUUUUUCUCCCAUCCUUGUAUCUUUUUAGCCCUACGCUGCUGCUAAUACUAUAUCAACUUUACAAUUCUAGAAAUAUUUUUAUGUAAGAGGAAAAUGUGUGCUUUCUCGUUUAUUAAUGACGCAUAUAGUAUGAAAAAAAAGCUUGGCUUAUUUAUCUAUUCCUUCCUUUCCCUUGUUUUAUCGCGCCUUUUCCACCUCUCCCCAUCGACACCCUCUCCCUCUCUCAUGACACGGACUAUAUUGUAAAGUAAAGGACUUUAUGAGAUUAUGUUUGAAAAUAGCUAUGCUUAUAUACCACAGUGACUGAAUGUACAGUGUAUAGAUGCAUUACCAGAAAUAAAGUUGUUUGUCCAGAU